AUGGCGUCCCCCACAAGCCCCGACCCGCCCGCCGACGCUGGCGACAAUGCCGAUAUCACCUCGAGCCCGCUCUCCCUCCACCGCGCCGUCCAUGCGCGCCGUGCUGAAUACAUCCGACCACAUCGAAUGCGCGUCAAGGUGGGCACAUGGAACGUCGCCGCCUGUGCGGGCACGGACAGGGAUCUCGCGAACUGGUUCGUGUCCGGCAAGGGCAUUGACAAGAGGCUUGCCACCCUCGACGUCGCACGCAACCCCGCCAUCGAAAGGGAGGAAACGACCGACAGCCUUGACGCCGACCCCAACGCGAUCCGCCUGGUCGGCGGAGAGAAGGUUGGUCUCUAUGUGCUUGGGCUUCAGGAAGUGGAAGACCUGAACCUCGCCACCCAGUACAUGAGAGGCGUUGUAUACUCGGACCCAGGCACAAUAGACAAGUGGAAGGUGGCACUGGAGGCGGCUCUGCCGAAGGGCUACGAGCUAGUUGCCUGUGAGCAACUGCUUGGCCUGUUACUACUGGUCUAUGCCUCCCCAGAUGUUGCGCCGUCCGUCAGCAACGUCAGUUUGACAACAGUUGGAACUGGCCUCCUUGGAUAUAUGGGCAACAAGGGCGCUGUGGCCGCGCGUAUUGUCGUUGGAGAGACCACGCGCAUGACCUUCAUCAACUGUCACCUCGCUAGCGGCCAUGAUGCCACAUACUUGGAUCGCCGGAUCUGGGAUGUCGGCCAAAUUCUCAGCCGGGCGCAGUUCAAGCCUGUCACCUUCCCCGGCAGCAACGGAACCGAGCCAGAAACGAUCGGUGACGAGGAUUUCGCCUUCUGGUUCGGCGAUCUCAACUUCAGGAUGGACGGGCUGCCGGGCGAUGACAUCCGGAGGCUCUUGAUGCUCCACACCAGGGGCGAGUACGGCCUCAGCAGGAAGGGCUCCCAGGACACAGCCCUGAGCGGGGAGGACCCCAUCGUUCUGCGCAGCUCGGAAAGCAGUGACGAUCUCACAGAUGAUGGCUCGGCCAAAUCACGGAGCACCAUGGACCCCAAUAUGGACCCCAAUGGAGACGACUCCUCCCUCUCGCUUCCAGAUCCGGACGAAUUCAUGCCGGACCCCUCAGAAGACCCGGCAUCGCUGCAGGCAACGCUGGACUCGCUGCUCCCUCAUGACCAGCUCCGACGGCUGGUGAGGGAGGGCAAAGUAUUCCACGAGGGCUGGAGAGAAGGGCCCAUCACGUUUCUGCCCUCGUACAAGUACGAUGUGGGCACCGUUGGGCUCUUCGAUACGAGUGAGAAGAAGCGGGCGCCCAGUUGGUGCGAUCGGAUCCUCUACAGGACCAGGAAGGACAAGGAUGGUUACGAACAGAAGAUCAAGGAUGCCGAGGAUGCCCGCAAAAAGGACGAGGACAUGAAGUCUCGAGGCAUCGAUCAUGCCGCCGACGACGACGAGGUAUUGUUCGAUUACGACCCAGACAAUGAUGGCGACCACCCGCCCGCCCAAGGUAGCAGCAAAGUGUUCGACUACGACGAAUACGACGAGGAUGGAGACGAAGAGUCCGGGGACGAUGUCAUCACGAAGGAAGGGUUCCAUGAUCACAUUCAUCUCGAUAUAUAUACAUCACAUCAACGUGUGCAGUCAUCGGAUCACAAGCCUGUCAUCUCAGUAUUUACGUUGGACUAUGAUGCCGCCGUCCCCGAGCUCAAGGCCAAGGUUCUCGCAGAUGUGGCUCGGGAGCUCGAUCGUGCCGAAAACGAGGGCCGACCAGCGAUAACCAUCGUGAUGGAGCAUGCCGACCGACAAGACGGCGCGACAAAGCCGUUGGGCCCAGAUCUGGCUGAUAACGCCAUCGACUUUGGGGAAGUGAAUUUUCUAAAGAAGAAGAAGGUCUCCAUGACCCUCGCAAACACGGGCCGCGUUCCCGCACGCUUCUCGUUUGUCGGGAAGCCAACAACAGACGAGCAAGAUGGCGACGCACAGUGGCUCACCACCAUAUUUCUACACACGGAUCUAGGGGAACAGGCGGAAGACUCCGAGGCUGUUGACUUGGGCAAGGAGGUGACGCUUGAGCCCGGGGAGACCGUUAAGGCCGUGGUCGAGAUGAUGGUGGACGAGAUCAGUCUCUGCACACGGCUGAACGACGGUCAGGCUUCGCUCGACGACGUCCUAGUGCUGCGGGUGGAAGAAGGCCGAGACCACUUCAUCCCGGUGCGCGCCACUUGGAUGCCCACCUGCAUCGGUCGGUCAAUCGAUGAGCUGAUACGUGUGCCGGAUGGAGGAAUCCGGACUCUCGUCGGGCGGCUGUCAGAGAAGAAGGACGAAGGUAAGGGGAGCACCAAAGUUGGCUCAAUACCGUACGAACAGGAAGUUCGCUGUGCAGCCCCAAAAGAGCUUUUCAAGCUCACCGAGGCCGUCGAGACGCUUACCGAGCGUGCCCUCGCCGACGAGCAAAUGCUCGUAGGGUGUGAGCUACCGAGGGACAAGCCAGAAUGGCCCUUUGCUGAACCGGGGUCUUCUGUCGAUCCGCGCCGGAACGAGCUGGCCGCUUCGAUCAUUGACAUGCUCGACCUAGACAAGAACAUCGCCGACGCGUUUGAGCCUGAAGUACCUACGAUACAGAGACUCGAGGCAGUGACCGAGGUCUUGCUGUUGCUCCUCGGUGGCCUUACCGAUGGCGUCAUCCCUAUAUCGCUCUGGACGCGCAUCGAGCAGGCAUCUCUGCCCUCGCUCGCCCCCGGCGCCAGCAGCGGUGGCGCGAUGCUAAACCACACGCAGGACGAGGACGACAAAACAGCAGUUCUCGACAUCCUGGCGUCAGCACCCAACCACAACAUCUCCUUUGUGUUCCUGAUGUCGACUCUGGCAAAGGUGCUCGCCGAGCUCUCGCCAUUCGGCAGAGCGGAUAUGGAGGCGCUCAGGUCGUCCCUGGGCGGGGGAGCCGGCGCUCGCUCCCCCGUGGCAGUCGCCCGGCGCUCGCUCAGCUUCCGCAGGGGCCCUGGCAGGGAUGUUGCAGAGGCCAUCGCGGCUCUUGAGAAGAGGCAGGCUAAGGAGCGUCGGUUUGCCGAGGCUCUUGUCAAGGCCGGCGUCUGCAGGGCUCCGCAGUCCGCCGCGGGGAAGGACAAGGAGAGGAAAGCGGCCGAGGAGAAGCAGCGGGCUUUGCUGGCGCUGUUCCUCAGGCGCUCUAGAGAGGAGCUCUAG